UUUAACGACGGAAAUGAAUCUCAAACGAGUACUGUUUACAUUAUUGUAUUUACAUUAUUUGUUAAACUAAAUUCUCUCGUGUAGCGUUGAAAUGGCCAGGAAAGGUUCCGCUGAAGGAUCUGAUCGCUUUGAAUAUUUACAGACCUUGGUCACUGAAUUUCAGGAUACGGACAGUGAAGAUGCUAAGGAACAAGUGCUGGCAAAUCUGGCAAAUUUCUCAUAUGAUCCAAAGAACUAUGACUAUUUGAAGGAUCUACAAGUUAUUGACCUCUUCCUAGACAUGCUGACUGAAGAGAAUGAGAACUUUGUAGAGUUUGGCAUGGGGGGAUUGUGUAACCUGAGCAUGGUGCCUGAAUUCCGAGACUUUAUUCUACAAAAUGAUGGACUAAACUUGAUAACAAAUUGCUUAUCAAGUCGGAAUGAAGAGACUAUUUUGUCGGCCAUCACCACCCUUAUGAACCUCAUCACAGCUAACUCUCGCUCUGAAGUCACACAGCCAGGGAUACUGCACUGUAUGCUGCGCUUCUCUCUGUCCGAAAGCCCUCGUCUCAGGAACUUAGCUUCAGUUUUUCUUCAGGACUGUUGCAGCGAGGAGCAGGUGACCCAGGCUGAACAGCAGAUGCAAGGACAGCAGCAGACUGCACUUGGGAUUCCACUGCCUAAGGACUAAAUUUAUAAUACUUAAACAUUUUAUUAUUUGAUACUGUGAAUCAGGAGCCCUACAGUGUUUUUAAGGAUACACUGGUUCCUUUCAGACUAUAGUGAGUGAUCAAUUUUGCCUACCCUCAUUUUAUAUAGAUCUUUUAAUAUUGAGUCAAGAUCACAAUGCAUCUUGAUUCAUGUAGUGUCUUUAUGUAGCCAAGAGUUUACAAAAGCCAGUUGAUUCUUGAGUCAUACUUCACUGUGAUUGGUUAAAUGGGCCUGUCAUUCACUCUGACCAUGACAGAAGCUGACCAAUAGGAGAAGUGGGUGUGAAAAAUGGGUGUUUGAGCAUGGAGCUGCACUAUAGGCAUGCUUGUAUCAAAAUAUUACAAUAUUAUAGGGGUACAACUUUAUUAUAUAAAGGGAUAACUUCAUAAUUUAUUCUUUAUUACCAAAUCACCCAGUCUUCAUCUUCACAUAAUGUUUAUAUAAUCUGAAAACCACCAGUAGCCAAUUAUGCUUUCAAACAUGUAGUAUGUUGUGUGCCGAAUCUAUGCAUUAUGGGACUGGAUUUACGAAAGGUUUGUUAGAAGUGAUAAAUCAGGACUAAACAGGUUAUUGCCAAGUCCGUAGAACUUGUAUAUUCCGAUUAUUGUUUCCACACAACUGUGCAAGCUUGUAUUAUUGACUAAUUGAUGACAUUUUAAUCAGAUUUAAAAAUUUAUUGAUACUGAUUUAAAAGACAAGCUUGAAUUAUUACCAUUCACAUAUAUUUUUGGCCUUCAGUCCACAUGUUGGUAUUUUUAGAAGUUGUACUGCAGUUUAACAGUUGGUAUGCAGUCAGUAUUUUAUACAAAGAUAGAAACAGUUUAAACAAAAAUAGUUUCAAUAUUUUUAUAGUACAUGUUUAAAAUAUAGCAAGUAGUACAAAAACAUCACUUGACACUAAAAAUAUAGUAUUGAAAAGAUGGAUAACUAAAUUUACUCGGGACUCUUUGUUUUCAGACCAUUUGUACAGUACAUUCUUCUGGCUCAGAUUUACAACAUACCAGGCAAAUGCCACUGCGCAGGUUAAUUUUAAUUGGCUGGCCCUUAUACCUGGCACUUGCUAUGAGCAUACCACAUCCUGAAGGAUUUUGUUCAAGCCCAAAAAUAUGCAAAAUAAAAAAUCUUAAAUAAACUUGGGGUUCUCCAUUAGUGUUGAGAGCACUAUUUGUUUUUGCCCAGGCUUUUAAAGAGCUAUUUCUGGGUUGAGUCCUUCAGGUCUAGACAGAAAACGACAUCCUAUCCUUAAGCUCAGCGUCAGGUGGACGGCACAUGGACCAGGACGGGACCAGGAGGAAAUUCUUUACAGUUUUGGGUUAAAGUCGACUCUGUAACACUUGUCCAU